AGAAUUGUUUUUGUCUUGACUCCAGUCCAUGUUCCAGUGUCCGGGAAAGAUCCAGUCCACGUUUUACCGCAGAUGUCUGUGCUGUGUGACGCAGAGCUGAGCUCCGUUUAGAGGCACACAGAUGAGUGUGUUUGAAAGUGUUGUGCGAGCGGUAGAAAUAAAAUGUUAAACUGAGAACCGACGAAGAAGCAUGAAUAUCACUGUGAAAAGCCUCCGGUCUCUGCGCUGUCUCUCCUCCAGGCAGGGAGGCGCGAUGAACGUGUUUGACAGGAGCAUGAAGCGCAAGCAGAAGCAAUGGGCUUCAUCUUUACUAGACAGCGACAAAUACGAUUACCUCCGAGACGAGGCGGGGAGCAGAGUGGCAGACAGAGUUUAUGAUGUCUCAAGGACUUUUCCUCUGGCUCUGGAUGUAGGAUGUGGAAAGAGUCACAUCGCAGAGCAUUUGAGUAAGGACAUUGUUGAACGUCUCUUUUUAACAGACAUUUCAGACUCUUCCCUGAGAAAUCGGAGGAAAUGUGAGAUUCCUAGUCACUGUGUUUUGGCAAAUGAGGAGUUCCUGCCAUUUAAAGAAAACACAUUUGACCUAGUGCUCAGCAGCAUGAGUUUGCAUUGGAUCAACGACCUUCCUGGAGCUUUGAGACAGAUCUACCAGGUGUUGAAGCCGGAUGGCGUGUUCAUUGGAGCAAUGGUCGGCGGUGAGACGCUCUACGAGCUGCGAUGUUCUCUGCAGUUAGCCGAGCUGGAGAGGGAGGGCGGCUUUGCGCCCCAUAUCUCACCCUACACAGCCGUCACUGACCUGGGCAACCUGCUGGGACAGGCCGGCUUCAACAUGCUCACUGUGGACAUUGAUGAAGUUCAGGUCAAUUAUCCUGGUAUGCUAGAAGUCAUGAGCGAUUUACAAGGUAUGGGUGAAAGCAACUGUGCGUGGAACAGGAAGUCACUCCUACACAGAGACACCAUACUGGCGGCAGCUGCCAUUUAUAAAGGUGAGACCGCAAACUGGGAACGGCAUCGAACGCUUGGAGGACCUCUGAUAUUAUUGAAAUUAUGA